CUGUCAUCUUUGAGUUUAUCUUCUGAGCAAGUCCUCUGGGUGCUGUGCUAGGCGUGGAUCAGAGGGCAGGUGACAGAGGCUCCUGAAGGGGUCGCUGUCACCACCUCAGCGAUUCCCAGCAGUGCCAGGAAGGAGCCCCCACCCACUGUCUCCAGCUCCAGAAGACGCAGAUCCGUGCCUUCCCACCUGCCACCCUUGUCCCAUCUGUGCUGUCUGGCAUCGAAACCAGACUGUGCUCUGUCCACGGCGCCUCCUGCAUGUCCUGCUGCCCUGAGCUGUCCCGAGCUAGGUGACAGCGUGUCACGCUGCCACCAUGAAUGAAGUGUCUGUCAUCAAAGAAGGCUGGCUCCACAAGCGUGGUGAAUACAUCAAGACCUGGAGGCCCCGGUACUUCCUGCUGAAGAGUGAUGGCUCCUUCAUUGGGUAUAAGGAAAGGCCCGAGGCCCCUGACCAGACCUUACCGCCCUUAAACAACUUUUCUGUAGCAGAAUGCCAGCUCAUGAAGACCGAGAGGCCACGGCCCAACACCUUUGUCAUACGCUGCCUGCAGUGGACCACGGUCAUCGAGAGGACCUUCCAUGUAGACUCUCCAGACGAGAGGGAGGAGUGGAUGCGGGCCAUCCAGAUGGUCGCCAACAGCCUCAAGCAACGGGGCCCGGGUGAGGACCCCAUGGACUACAAGUGUGGCUCCCCCAGUGACUCUUCCACGGCCGAGGAGAUGGAAGUGGCAGUCAGCAAGGCUCGGGCCAAAGUGACCAUGAAUGACUUCGACUAUCUCAAACUCCUUGGCAAGGGAACCUUUGGCAAAGUCAUCCUGGUGCGAGAGAAGGCUACUGGCCGCUACUACGCCAUGAAGAUCCUGCGGAAGGAGGUCAUCAUCGCCAAGGAUGAAGUCGCCCACACGGUGACCGAGAGCCGAGUCCUCCAGAACACCAGGCACCCGUUCCUCACUGCACUGAAGUAUGCCUUCCAGACCCACGACCGCCUGUGCUUCGUGAUGGAGUACGCCAAUGGUGGCGAGCUGUUCUUCCACCUGUCCCGGGAGCGUGUCUUCACGGAGGAGCGGGCCCGGUUUUAUGGCGCAGAGAUUGUCUCAGCUCUUGAGUACUUGCACUCAAGGGAUGUGGUGUACCGUGACAUCAAGCUGGAAAAUCUCAUGCUGGACAAAGAUGGCCACAUCAAGAUCACUGACUUUGGCCUGUGCAAAGAGGGCAUCAGUGAUGGGGCCACCAUGAAAACCUUCUGUGGGACCCCGGAGUACCUGGCGCCUGAGGUGCUGGAGGACAACGACUACGGCCGGGCCGUGGACUGGUGGGGGCUGGGCGUGGUCAUGUACGAGAUGAUGUGCGGCCGCCUGCCCUUCUACAACCAGGACCACGAGCGCCUCUUCGAGCUCAUCCUCAUGGAGGAGAUCCGCUUCCCGCGCACGCUCAGUCCUGAGGCCAAGUCCCUGCUUGCUGGGCUGCUUAAGAAGGACCCUAAGCAGAGGCUUGGCGGGGGGCCCAGCGACGCCAAGGAGGUCAUGGAGCACAGAUUCUUCCUCAGCAUCAACUGGCAGGACGUGGUACAGAAGAAGCUCCUGCCACCCUUCAAACCUCAGGUCACAUCCGAGGUUGAUACGAGGUACUUUGAUGAUGAAUUCACUGCCCAGUCUAUCACAAUCACACCCCCAGACCGCUAUGACAGCCUGGGCUCACUGGAGCUGGACCAGCGGACCCACUUCCCCCAGUUCUCCUACUCGGCCAGCAUCCGCGAGUGAGCAGCCCUGCCGCCGCCACAGGACGCACGCAUGGCUGCCAUCCGCCGCCCGGGUGGCUUUUUUUUAACUUUUCAUUUUGCCUUAUUGGUUUGUGUCCCCCUCCCUCGCCUCCUCGCCCCCA